GAUAGCACGGAGUACGAUAGACUGCGAAAGCUGCAUUGGUAAGUCCGCUACCUUAUUACUUCAAGGACAAGAUGCGGGUCAACGCUAAUGUAUGGCACACCCAGGUCAGAGACUGCUUGGAAAGUGCCGUCGUGCAUCUUUGAACCUUCAGAUUCCACGGCACUCGCAGAUGCUGUCAAGAUCAUCUCCUCCAACAAUAUCACAUUUGCCGUACGGAGUGGCGGCCACAGCCCCUUCUCUAAUUGGGCAAACGUAGAUGGCGGAGUUCUUAUUUCGCUGAGUGCCAUCAACGCCAUUUCAUAUAACCCUACCGACGAGACUGUGCGCGUUGGAACUGGCAACCAAUGGGGCCAGGUGUAUGGGAAGCUUGCCGAAUAUGAUCGAGUUGUUGUGGGGGGUAGAGUUCCUGAUGUAGGCUUUGGCCUACUCACAGGCGGCGGUCUUUCCCACCACUCUAGUCUUUAUGGUUUUGCGGCCGACAACGUGAUAAUCUACGAAGUUGUCCUUUCCAAUGGAACAGAAAAGACUGUCUCCCGAGCCUCCGACCCUGAGCACUUCUGGGCCCUCAAAGCUGGAGGGACAAACUUUGGAAUUAUAUCAUACGUCACACUAAAGGCAUUUCCGCAGGGAAAAGUCUGGGGAGGCGUGAUCUUUUAUUCCAUCGAGUAUCUGGAUCAGAUUAUGGCAGCAAUAGCCGAAUACCAGGCUGUUGGACAACUUGACCCUAGAUCUGCCAUCCUACCAUAUGUGGCCUUCAACAACUUCAACUCGAUUUUCAUUUCGUUUUCCUACCUGGACGCUGUCGAGCGCCCAGAGGUGUUCAAUAACUUUUACAGGAUUCCGUCCUUGUUGGACGACACGAAGAUCCACAACAACUUCAGUGCAUCAAUUUCUGAAGUGGUGGACAAAGUAUAUCCGAGAUGGACUUGGGGCUCCACCACCUUUUACUUAGAUAACAGCACGUACGUGCAGGUUGCACGCUUAUGUCAGAACAUAUCCCGUACGGAUGAGUUCCAAGCUAUACAGGGCGCCACAUUGGUGCUAGUUCCUCAGCCCGUAUCUAGAGCAAUGGUGCAACGAUCAGUAGCGAGCGGAGAGCAUCCCAUGAAUCUGCGCGACAGGGAACAAAUAUGGUUCUCGAUCAACCUCGGCUGGCAAUACGCAUCAGACGACGCAAGGAUGGAACAGUUUGUCGUCGACACUCUCUCUUCGAUUGAGAAAUUGACAAAGUCAAAGGGUUUGUUCGACGAGUACGUGUUCUUCAACAACGCUCACACAACGCAAGACCCUCUUCGGAGGUAUGGACAAAACGCAUUCCGAAAGAUGAAGAGAAUCAGCCGGACCGUCGACCCGGCGCAGAUUUAUCAGUCGCGGCUAGCUGGCGGGUUCAAACUUGGUGGUUCAUGAAAGCAACGAGUUUAGACUUGCAAAUGCGAACAUCAAUGAGUCUAGAUAGAGAU